AUGGUAAUGACAAUAGGUGGUAACAACCAGGAGAGUAUAUUUCCGGCCUCCGAGUCGAACUAUGGGGAUCAAGCCAAAUCCUGUGAAGAAUACUACGGAGUCGUGCCCAGGCCCCACUGGAUUACUACUGAGUUUGGUGGCCAUAAUAUUGAGAGAGUCUUGAAGCGGUUUGGGAGCAAUAUUAUAUUCUUUAAUGGAUUAAGAGACCCUUGGAGUAGUGGAGGGGUGCUGAAGAAUAUUUCAAAGAGCAUUAUUGCCAUAGUUGCCAAAGAAGGGGCACACCAUGUAGACCUUAGAUUCUCAACAAGCGAAGACCCAGAAUGGCUUAUGGAUGUGAGAAGAAGAGAGGAGAAAAUCAUAGCAAAAUGGAUAUCUCAGUACAACCACAGCUUGGCUGAUCCUUCUCUUUAGAGUCAACAUAUCUCAGGAUUUGCUUUUCAUGUCCAGCACACAACUACUCUCGCUCAAAGCUUUGUUUUUUUGUGGAAAGCUUAAUGUUGACUUACAGUUUUCCAAUUUGUCAUCUACUGAAUGGAAGGAUAUAAAGAAAAACUAGCCUGUGGGUUUUUUUUUUUUUUUUUU